GUUUAAGUCUUAAUCGACAGUAUCAGGUACCUGUCGUACCAAUAGGUACUAGUAGGUACCUAAAGGCCGGGGGAAAAAAAGAUAUCUAACGAACCUAAAGGAACACUUUACACACUAUCUUUUCAAAAACUUUACAACUCAGCCAUGACACUUGCAACACAAAUUCCUCUACUUGCUUCAACAAUGGGAACAAUUUUUUACUCUAACCGACAACGGGAAUUUCAUAGUUUUAUUACUUUAGCGAGCCUCAUUGCUGCUUUGCCACACGAGCUGGCCCAGCUUUCUACAUAUGCAUACGGAUGAUUAUUUGAUCAUAAAUUCCUCCUCAUCUUAAAAAAGACAUAGGCUAUGCCAUCAUAUUACUAUCAUAUUAAGCUUGAGGUUUAUCCCACGCCAACACCUACGUCCAAGAUACCAGGGAAAGUAUCGCAAUCCUACGAUAGGCCAGUCUGGCUACCGAAAGACACCUCGAACAUCUUCGACGACCUUCCGUCGCACCCUCGAACGCAGGCAGCUGUCCCGGCUCAUAGAGGCAAAACGCUAUUCAGCUGGCAGCAGAACCGAUCACCUAAUACGCAGGUGAAGACCAACACCAACACCAACGUCAUAGACUGCGGGGCACCUCGACCGCCUCGGUCCCAAGACGAUCGGAAUAUCAUACGACUUACCGAGAGACAGGUCCGACAACGAACACUAAGCUUUCCGCCGCCCCAGUCGUGCGCUGCUAUAAACCCGCAUACCGCAGUUAAGGAUUGGCGAUUCGGGCAGCUUAGGAUCGAGAGUAUCGACGUGGACGGCUACGAGGGACACGAAAAUAUGCAGACGGCAUCUGCAUCUGCAUCUGCAGCAGCGGCCGUCGUCGGCCCGUCUAUGGGAGGUGCUGCAGGCAAGGCUACGAAAGCGAAGUACGUCCCGCUGAACUCUUCCAAGAACACCGAAUUGGGUUGGGGGAUCGUACAUCUAUAUCGAGAAGAGGCGGAGAGCCCAGAGCUUGAGAUAUCCCCCGAUCGAAUGCCCGAGGGCGAUGGAGAGCAAGACAGCGCGCAAAUAGAUUGUACUACUGUCUGCAUUCCGGCGGUGCCGAGUUAUUUGUCUCCAAGCGACUUUCUUGGUUUCGUGGGCGAGAAUUGGAGGGACAAGGUCAGCCAUUAUCGUAUGGUUAUGACGGGUCGGAUGAACAGAUAUCUCGUCCUCAUGAAGUUCCGGGAGAGCAAACAGGCGCAACUAUUUAGGCGCGAGUUUGACGGCAGGGUAUUCAACGAUAUUGAGCCGGAGACGUGCACUGUUGCGUUUAUUAGGUCUGUCACCUUUGAGACUCCAACCCGUCCAAGUGACAGUUUUCCGGACCUCAGUCAAGAUCCAUUUACACCAUCUAAUUCGCUUAAACCGUUCCCGCCACCGACGCCCAGCCUGGUCGAACUACCUACCUGUCCCGUCUGCCUGGAGCGUAUGGACGAUACCACGGGUCUACUCACAAUCACAUGCCAACACGUAUUUCAUUGCUCAUGCCUACAGAAAUGGAAGGGCUCCGGUUGUCCUGUUUGUCGACAUACGAACCCAACGCUGUCAUCAUCGUCAUCUUCGAAUGCGCAUGGAUCAACCCCUUACGAUCCUGAUAACCCAUACACGCAACCUUUUGGUUCCCGAGUAUCGAACUUAUGCUCAGUCUGCGACUCUUCAGAUGACCUGUGGAUAUGUCUUAUCUGCGGAAAUGUGGGCUGCGGACGGUAUAAAGGCGGCCAUGCGAAGGAGCAUUGGAAGGACACGGCUCAUACCUUCUCCUUGGAGAUAGAGACUCAACACGUCUGGGAUUACGCUGGUGAUACGUGGGUACAUCGCUUGAUUAGGGACAAAGGUGAUGGCAAAGUUGUGGACCUGGGUCGACAAGGAGGGCCUACGGGACCUGACGAACACGAAGACCUAGACGUAGUGCCUCGUGCGAAGCUUGAGAGUAUCGGCAUGGAGUAUACUCAUCUUCUCAGCAGCCAAUUAGAGAGCCAGCGGGUGUACUUUGAGGAAAUGCUCUCAAAAGCUGCGGACAAGGCGACGAAGGCAGCCGCAGCCGCAGAGAAGGCUGCAGCCCAAGCAUCCCGGGCACUGAAGGAGCUUAAAUCGCUCCAAGAGGAACAAGAUCGCCUACUCACCGAAACGAUUCCGGAUCUUGAAAAAGACGUGGAGCGCGAACGUAAUCGGGCAACGAAAUCUACGGACCUUGCACGAGGGCUAGGCAAGAGUCUACAAGAGGAGAAGAAAGUGUCGGAAGGGCUCAUGAAACGGAUCGAGCAUGCGCACAAGGAACUCGAAAGCCUGGGUGAACAGGUGAAGGCCCUGAAACUGGAAAACGCGGAUCUGAAGGACCAAAACCACGACUUGACCAUGUUCAUCUCAGGUCAAGAAAAGCUCAAGCAAUUGGAAGCCCAGGGUGAAGUCGAGGAGGGAGAGGUUCGAGAGGGUAGCGUUUCCGUACCUGAGGACAAGAAACGUCGGAAGGGGAAAGGCAAAAGCAAGAACUAAUUUCCCCAUGCACAACAAUACCUAAUAAUGGUACGAGGUACUCAAGUCAAGUAUGAUGACAUUACAUAGUGGUCUUUGAAGCGAGCCGAUGGGCUGAUUGCGUUUCGAGUUUGUCGGAAGUUCACGCUUUACGCACGGAUUCAACGAGCGGUUCUUCGCAACCGAAGAGAGAGAACAUACAAUACAUACAAGGCUCUUGGAAGAAUAGCUCGAAGGAUAGCGAGGAAAGAGAAAGAGAAAGUUUUAAUUAUCGUGCGAGGGCUUGUAUAUUUGAUACGCAAGAUAUUUCUUAAUGAAAAAUAACUUAUUCCAGGCCAA